AGCAGCUGUUGAAACUUCGGGGAAAUUUUUUAAAUAUUGGUGGCUUGUGUUAAAUUUGUUUUUGAUAGGUUUUCGUUCGGUUUUUGAAUACGUGUAACUAACGCAGUUCAGCUAAAUCUUCUAUUAAAAGAUGUUCUGCGCGAUCGCCCAAGAAUUAAGAAUGCUUAAAACACCACCAGCAUAACACGAACGGGCUUAUUUGCAUUCUUUCGCUCCUGCCAGCCAGACGGACUCUACACCAGCGAGCACGCGUUCUCCAAAUUGGAGUCUCGUGCGUAUCAUAUAGGUACAUAGCUACCAACAUAGAAAGAGGUACAUGUAUAGCAUAUCAGUGAUAAAACCAACUCAACGCAGAGCAGUUACGAGCAGAGCGGAAAAAGUGUUGCAAAACAGAAAACCUAGCGUGGUGGAGUCGCACGGAACGAGUUUUUUUUUUCGAUCGAUCGCUUGAUCGAAGCCGGCCGGUUCAGGGUCUGACUGAAGAGACGAGCGCCUGAAACGCGCGUGAGGAUCAGUCACCAGAUGCGGGAAAUGGGUCUCACACAGGUGGAGAAGAUAAUACCGGGUGCUCGGUGGCUCCGGGGAUACAAUGCACAGUUUGCAGUGGCAGAUUUGAUUGCUGGAAUUACGGUGGGACUAACGGUUCUCCCGCAGGGCCUGGCCUACGCCACACUAGCCGGACUGGAACCACAGUAUGGACUAUAUUCGGCGUUCGUCGGUGGAUUAAUCUACGCACUGAUGGGUGGAUGCCGAGAGGUGACAAUCGGACCCACGGCUCUACUAGCUCUAAUGACCAGCCGGCACACGGGUCAUGGUGGCAUAUCGGGGCCCCAAUUUGCCAUACUGCUGUGCUUUCUAUCGGGUAUAGUGGAACUGCUGAUGGCAGUGCUGAGGCUUGGUGCUCUGGUGGAUUUGAUUUCGCUACCGGUAACCGUUGGCUUCACGUCCGCGACGGCACUCAUCAUCGGGGCCUCUCAGCUGAAGGCUCUGCUUGGCAUCCGUGGAGGCUCGGGAUCCGGCUUUGCCGAGACCAUUCAAACGGUGAUUAUGAAGUUCGGAGAAGCGCGCAUUCCUGACAGUGUCUUGGGGUUCGUAUCGAUUGCCGUGCUGCUGGCUCUGCGGAAACUGAAGGACGUGAAAACCCCUGCCGAUGCCGGGCAAGGUCGAAAAAUCCUGGGAGUGGCGUUCUGGUUGAUUGCUACCGCCCGAAACGCUCUAUUGGUGUUAAUAACCAGUCUCAUUGCGUUCUACUUCGAUCGUCAAGGAGAACGCCCAUUCAUUCUGACUGGUACCGUUAAGAGCGGUAUUCCAGCAUUUGCCCUGCCUCCGUUCUCCACCGAAAUCCCUGGUCCCAACAACACCACAACCGAGGUUAAUUUUCAAGGAAUGGUUUCUGAAAUGGGAGUCAACAUCGCUUUGGUUCCAGUCAUUGCAGUUUUAGGGAACGUAGCCAUUUCUAAGGCUUUUGGUGGCAGUGGAAUCAACCCUACAAAAGAACUGAUUGCACUUUCGUUGAGUAACGUUUUUGGGUCGUUUUUCAGUUCUAUACCAGUUACGGGAUCAUUCUCUCGGAGUGCUGUCAAUCAUGCCAGUGGCGUGAAAACCCCCAUCGGUGGAAUUUAUACAGGAGCUCUGGUGUUGCUGGCCUUGGGGCUAUUGACUCCUUAUUUCCAGUACAUACCCAAGGCAGCUCUCAGUGCGGUUAUUAUUUCCGCAGUCAUAUUCAUGAUUGAAUAUGAAGUAAUUCGACCUCUGUGGAGAUGUAACAAGAGAGAACUGAUUCCGGGAGCAGUAACAUUUGUGCUGAGUUUGAUUGUUGGAGUUGAACUAGGAUUACUCGCUGGCGUGUUAGCUGAUUUAGCAUUCGUGGUUUACAGAACUGCUCGCCCAGUACUCAGCGUUGAUGUCGAAUCCACAGCUUCAGAUGUGCAAUACAUCAUAAUUCGUCCACGCCACAGCCUAUUGUACUUCCCCGCUGUUGAAUGGGUUAGAAGUGCGAUUUCGAAAGCCAUCAAAAACCAUGGAAAUAUACCAGUUGUUCUGGAUUGCCGAAUUGUGCACGAAUUUGACUAUACGGCUGCAACUGGGCUUGGUGGACUUCGCAAAGAAUUGGACACGAAAAAGAUACCCCUGGUAGUGCUAGGCCCUUCAAGCGAUGUUCGCAAAAUGCUCAAAGAAACGCUGAAGGGGACCCUGCUGGAAGCGAACAACGAGCAAGAGUUGGAAGCUGUACUUCUAGAUUUGACCAGCGAAUCGCGAAAGGCCGAACUUAGGGAAGUAAUUUCACCGCUCUUACCAUCCUCAACGUCAAAUCAGAUCGAUCAACCAGUUGCUUUGCUGGCCGAAGUCGAAGAAUGACAGGUUCAUUCGAUCAAAUUGAACCAUUAUAGUACUGUAAGAUAUAUCGCACGAUAUGUAAGAUUUAGAUGUAAAACGUACUGUGUAGAAACGAAACCUGUACUCUCUAGCGCAAAUCUCUUGAGAUUUUUUGAAUGUUCCUCUGUAAAUUCACUUUUCUGUUUGUAUUUUUGUUGUAAAAUAUACUAAGAAAAUAAAUUUAUGAUAA